AUGAAAAUCAUUUUGUUUUUUCUCUUUCUUUUACAUUUGCUUCAAUGCUUAGCUUUUAUGAAUCAAGUCAACAAAUUUCCAGAGAUUUCGCAUUGAAGAAUUUUCGACCAAGCCAAGCUUCAAAACUUGCCAAAUGCAAAAGUGCAGUGACCUACCCAAGGCUUCUCCAGCAGAACUCUUGCUUAUCAUAUGACUCAUCAGGUAGCUGCAUAUUAUGCUCUGAAGAAAUAG